AACCAUUUUAUGCUUUGCAGUGUCUUUGGUUCUCUACUAAAGGUGUGUUGUAGGUGUAAUCAAGACCAAAGAUGCUUAGAUCAAUCAGAUCCACUUGCAUCUCCAUUUCAAGAGGUCUGGGUGCUCCAAGUUUCCAAUUUAGGAGUUUCUCUGCUCAGUCUCCAAGACUAGAAGGCAAAGUAGCCUUGAUUACCGGAGCAGCAAGCGGCAUCGGCAAAGAAACCGCCACCAAAUUCAUCAGCCAUGGCGCCAAGGUGGUAAUCGCCGACAUCCACCACUACCUCGGCCACUCCACCGCCACACAGCUCGGCCCAAACGCCUCAUUCAUCUCUUGCAACGUCACCAACGAAUCCGACAUCGCCAACGCAGUCGAUUUCACCGUAUCCAAACACGGAAAACUCGACAUCAUGUACAACAAUGCCGGAAUCCCAUGCCGGACCCCACGCUCCAUAGUCGACCUCGACCUCGAGAUGUUUGACCGGGUGAUGUCGGUCAACGUACGGGGGGUCCUUGCCGGAAUCAAGCACGCGUCACGGGUAAUGAUUCCCCGUGAAAGUGGGUCCAUAUUGUGUACUGCAAGUGUGACCGGGAUUUUAGGAGGAAUUGCUCAGCAUUCGUAUUCGAUUUCAAAGUUUACGGUUGUUGGGAUUGUGAAAUCCUUGGCAUCUGAGCUGUCACAACAUGGCGUACGGAUUAACUGUAUAUCGCCUUUUGCGAUUCCGACUGCAUUUGCGAUUGAUGAGAUGAAAGAGUAUUUCCCGGAGCUUGACGAAGAAGAACUUGUGAGUAUGGUGCGGAAUGGAGGGGAGUUCAAGGGGGCUUACUGUGACCCUGGUGAUGUGGCGAAUGCUGCUGUUUAUCUUGCUUCUGAUGAAGCUAAAUAUGUCAAUGGCCAUAACUUGGUGGUUGAUGGUGGUUUUACAUCUACCAAAACCGCCAAAUUCGAUGUGCCACUUCCACAUAAACACCACUGAGACCAAAUGUUCGAUCAUCAUAAUAGUAAUAUUUUGCAACUGUAUUGCAAUAUAUGUAUGGAUAGACUAGAGAUGGAAGUUGAAUUUAUGUGCAUAUGUCACGAGCUAUCCACUAAUUCCUUUGACCUAUGUUCCUUCAAACUCGUAUUAUCCCUUGAAAAGUGUAUGUUGUUGAUAAGAAUAAAUGCUGAAUUGAAUUUUGUGGA